AUGAUGAAAUCGGGAGAAAUUGAAUGGAUUUUGAGCGGGUCGGCCUAUGGUCGACGGGGUCGACGUCCACCGUUGUCGGCCUUCGCUUUGCACAUCCUUGGGAUCCGGGGAGAAGAUCAUGAGAGUGUCGGCGAUUCCUCUCGAAAAUACGGGGGGAAGAGCCUCGAGACGAUUCUCUCAUUUCCGCCGCGUCGAGAUGAAUCCGACACGGCUCGGUGCCCCGGCCGAUAUUUCAAGGACUUCGUUUCCUCCGCGCAGAGGCAGGAGAAGACGUACAAGGGAGAGGUGGACGCCCUGAAGACGCAGCUGGGGGAGACGCAGCGGGGGAUGCAGAAGAAGGAGGACGAGAUCUUCGCCGCCCACGAGACCAUCUCCAUGCUGGAGGACCAGCUCGAGCAGGAGAGGAAGAAUCGGAUGGAGGCGGAGGGUCUCUUGCAGUUGAACCUGGAGGAGAGGAAUCGCUUGUACAAAGAGAACAGCUCCCUGAAGAGGCAGCUGAAUACACUUCAGAGCAGAUACAGCUUCUCCCAGUUCAAGAUCCAGGCGUUGAAGCGGCAAUGGGAGGACAGCACCAGGCUGCAGUUCCUCAUCCGCCUGGCGAUCCAGCACUGCGAGUCGUGCGUCCGGUGGGACUGCCACAUCUGCCAGGCGCUGCGGGGCGGGGAGGGGGUGGGGGCGGAGGGGGAGGGGAUGGAGGGGUCGAGGGAGUCGCUCGAGCGGGACCCUGCCAUCAGGACCGCUCAGGAGAGGUUAUCGAAGCAACUGCGGCAGGAGCACAGGGCGAUGCGACAGGCGAUAUCGGGCCUGUCCACCCACCCGCAUCCCGAAAAUCGCGGCGAGAAGGACCCUCGAGAAGCGAAGAACCAGCGACGAGAGAAGGACCAGCGCGACGAGGCGCAGGAGGACUCCGGGCUGAGCGAGACCUCCUCCUCCGACUGUGGGAGCAGCCUCGCCAGCAGCCUCCAGGGACCCGGACGGGUCUGGGUCGAGAGGCCCGCGCCGCGCGCUAUGGAGGAGGAGGCCGAGACGGGUCCCCCGACGCCGCAGCCGCAGAAGCGACAUCUCUCCAUUCGUCGGUGUAUCAAUCGGUUGAGCAUGAGGUUCAUCACAGGUGCGACGAUGAAGCGCUUCGUGAGCACGGUCUCCGCGUUGAAGCCCCUGGUGGAGGACCUGGGCGUGAAGCGGCGACACCCUGGCACGUGGCGCUCCCCGUGCAUCCGCGUCCCCGACCCCUUGGAGACUGCGGCGAACAACCUCGUGCAGACGCUGGAGAUGCAGCCGAAGAAGCUGAUGGAGGAGGGGAAGCAGCUGUACGCAUUCCUCAGGGGCAGGCACCCGCCCGCCGAGACGGACGACCUCCAGCGCCUCGGCCGGCAGGUGGAGGCGAAAGUCCUCGAGGAUUUAGGCUGGGCCGGGCAGGAGACGCUGGAGCAACGUCAGAUGCAGAAACUCAAGGCCAUCGUGUCUCGACGGCUCAAGAUCCGGGCCCACCACUGGCAGCCGAUCUCCUUCGACCUCCGCAUGGGCAUGGUCUACCUCACGGAGCGAUUCGCGCCGGAAUUCGCGGCCCUCACCGCCGUGUUCGCCGAGACGAAGCGCCAGGACCCCGACUUCAGCCCGAAAUACCUCUUCGACCUGGGCUCCGGCCUCGGCUCCGUGACCUGGGCCGCCGACGCCGCCUGGCCCGACUCCCUCCGCGAGCACUUCUGCGUCGACCCCUGCCGCGAGAUGAACGACCUGGCAUCCCUGCUCACCCGCGGCGGCGACCCCGACGCCACCCCCUGCAUCCCCCACGUCUUCCACCGCCAGUUCCUCCCCGCCUCCUCCGACCGCACCUUCGACCUGGUCGUCUCCGCCUACAGCCUCCUCGAACUCCCCGACAUCCGCUCCCGCGUCCAACUGCUGGAGAACCUCUGGAGGAAGGCCAGCGAUUACAUGAUCUUCCUGGAACUGGGUACCAACGCGGGCUUCGCGACCCUCCUCGAGGUAAGGGAUUUCGUGCUGGAGAUGGGGAAGCGGUCGGGGACGCCGGUGACGCUGGUCGCUCCCUGCCCCCACACGACCCUCUGCCCUCGCCUCGGGGCGGCCAAGUUCACUCCCUGCAACUUCCCGGUCCGGUACUUCCCGUUGGACUACGGCGAACAUCGCGAUGCCCAAAGCGAGGUCUUCUCCUACCUCGUGUUCAAGAAGGGAAGCACGGAAGAACCUCGAGGCCCUCGCGGUGAACCUCGAGGGCCUCACGAAGAGGCUCGAUGGCCCCGCGUGGUCCGCCCCGUCCUGACCCGCAGCCGUCACGCCGUCUGCCGCCUCUGCACCCCCCAGGGCACCCUCGAAGAGAUCAUCAGCACCCAGAGCAAACACGGCAAGGAGAUGUACCGCCUCGUCCGCUGGGCCGACUGGGGCGACCGCCUCCCCGUCGAAGCCCUGCUCGAGGGGACGUCGGGAGAACCGGGUCGCGAAGGAUCCUAGGUCGUCUUUCCUCGUCUCCGUUUCUUUUUUUAUACGACCG